AUGAGGAAGCUCCUAGUGGAAGCAGCUCGGGUUGCCACCCCCAGAGAUUGCUACCACGUCUUUUCCCUCGCCCCAAUUGCCCAGUUUAUUCCCCCUCUCCAUGUGCAAAAAAUUCAAUUCGGAAGCAAAAAGCAAAAAGAAAAAGUGGACAAAGAGACGAAGAAGCUUCGCAGAUUUUUGAAAAUCUCUGGUGUGAGGAAUGAUGAGCAGUUGGAAGGAGCAGACGAGGCGAGACGGGGUGGAGGAAGUGUCGGAAGUGGAUCGAGUGAACGGAGUAGACAGAGUCAUGGAGCGAAUGACGAAGGAGAAAGAGUUGCUACCUCGAUGCGGGUAGACUACGAAGCAUAUGACGUGAAGGCACAAGAAAUUGUUAAAGCGUUUGAGAGAAAAAUGAAAAAAAUAUAUGACAACAAUUUAAGUGUAGAUUUUUUUAACAACAUCGUUAUCGCGAAAGAGAAGCAAAAUUUUAACUUAUCCGAUUUAGCCCAGGUUGUUAUGAAGUCAGCCAAAGUGAUAUAUUUUUUCCCUUAUAUGAAUAGCGACGCGCAGAGGAUUAUCUACCAUUUGAAGAUCAAGGACAAUACAUGGAACCCUACUAUGUCCAAUGACGGGCAACACAUUUUGUUGCAUAUCCCUCCACUGACGGAGGAUGUAAAGUUAAAGAAAAGGAAAGAAGCGAAGGAGCUGUUGGAGAAGAUCAAAAACGACCUGCGCAAUCUGCGGCACAGGGUGAGAGACGACAUUGCCAGGCUUCUCCAAGGCGAGGAGUGGAAAAUCGUGGAGCGGAACAAGCUAGACACCUACAUAAAGGGGAAGGUCAAGGCGAUCGAGGAAAUAUACGCGGAUUACGCGGGGGAGGGGCGCUAG